AUGGGUUGGUCAUGCGUCGUGGCACGCGCCGGAGCCUUCUUGCUGAUGCUCACCAGAGUAUCAGCACUCACAUCCGACAUUUUUGCUGCGGGAAAAUCGGACAAAGAGAUACUGGACAAUCUAUUGAAGAAUUCCCGCUACGACAAAAGACUGCUGCCGCCAGUAGACGAUCCAGUGUUCUGUUGUGGUCUUACAACACCGAACGACACUUUAGCUCAGAAUAGAGUCGGCCUCUCUUCCCUUCGGCCUCAGUCGCACAAUCGUGGUGUCCUCACCGUAAAUGUUAGCGUGCUACUUCUUAGUUUAGCAUCACCAGAUGAAUCUAGUCUCAAAUACGAAGUCGAAUUUCUACUACAACAGCAGUGGUACGAUCCUCGACUACGUUAUUCAAACCAGUCUCAUUACGACUUCCUGAACGCCAUACAUCAUCACGAAGACAUUUGGUUACCAGAUACAUAUUUCAUUAUGCAUGGAGACUUUAAAGAUCCAAUAAUUCCAAUGCAUUUUGCGUUGCGUAUCUAUCGCAACGGCACAAUCAACUAUUUAAUGCGACGACAUCUCAUUUUGUCGUGUCAAGGAAGGCUCAACAUUUUUCCAUUUGAUGACCCAUUGUGUUCAUUCGCCUUAGAAAGUAUUUCAUAUGAGCAAUCAGCAAUAACGUAUGUGUGGAAGAAUGACGAGGAUACACUCCGGAAGUCUCCAUCACUGACAACCCUGAAUGCCUAUCUCAUUCAGAACCAAACGAUACCAUGCCCUAUAAAAGCUAGUUGGAGAGAAAUAAAAUAUACGUUAACGUUUUUGCAAGCAGCUGAUGGUAUUUCACUUUACGAGGAUGACGAAGAGCUGACAUGUAAUCUUUGCCAGAGACGCUUUGAGGAGCAAGGUAACUACAGCUGUUUAAAGGUGGAUCUCAUUUUUACGAGAGACCGAGCAUUCUACUUUACUACAGUUUUUAUCCCUGGCAUUAUCCUGGUGACCUCUUCCUUCAUCACCUUUUGGCUGGAGUGGAACGCAGUGCCAGCCCGUUCCAUGAUAGGUAAUUACAGCUGCCUAAGGGUGGACCUCAUCUUCACGCGAGAUCGAUCAUUUUACUUCACCACAGUUUUUAUUCCGGGCAUCAUUUUGGUGACAUCCUCGUUUAUUACUUUUUGGCUGGAAUGGAAUGCAGUACCUGCUAGAGUUAUGAUAGGUGUUACGACAAUGUUGAAUUUCUUCACCACCUCCAACGGGUUCCGUUCAACAUUGCCAGUUGUCUCAAAUUUAACGGCAAUGAACGUAUGGGACGGCGUAUGUAUGUGCUUCAUCUACGCUUCUCUACUGGAGUUCGUUUGUGUCAACUAUGUAGGAAGAAAAAGACCUCUUCAUAACGUCGUGUAUAGACCUGGAGAAAAUCCCGUUACGCAGCGUCUACCAGCAGUUCUCAGCAGAAUUGGCAUUAUUCUGGCCAGUCCUUUGGAGGCGAUGGCCAUCCUCCAUUGGAGAAAUGAAACUCCCCAACCGGGAACGAGCGGUGCUGGAGAUAAAAAGCGUGAAUCAACGGGUGCCGCGGACUUGGUGACCUGUACAGCAUGUACGGGUGCACCAGGAUCUUGCACCCAUACGGCAAACAACGGAGGUGUUACAGAGCCAUGUUUCGUCCAGGUCCGUAAAAAAGAGCCUCCACAUCCAAUCAGAGUGGCGAAGACUAUUGACGUCAUCGCGCGCAUCACUUUCCCGACGGCCUAUGCCGUGUUUCUCAUAUUUUUCUUCAUCCACUACAAAGCCUUCUCUUAA